GGCCGCCCAGAGAAGAAGUGCAAUUCCCUCCAUCCCAAAUGGCCAUCCCUUUACGCAAAUUGACUGGUAUUGUUUUUCUUCUCUUCUUCUGCCCUCCUCUUUCCCAUGGAUUAAUGUCCAACAGGUGUCCUUCCCACGAAUCCCAAGCUCUGCUCCUCUUCAAAGCUGCCUUGAAUGACUCCAAUGGCUAUCUGAGUUCGUGGGUAAAUGGAACAGACUGCUGCACCUCCUGGUAUGGCAUUUCCUGCGACGAUAACACCAACCACGUUAUCUCUGUUGAAGCCCUUUCUUUCCACGGUGUGAUAUCUGAGAGCAUCUGCCAACUUCGUUUUCUCACAUCACUCACUAUAUCUGGAGUAUAUCAAGGUACUACCACCAUUCCUCCCUGUUUGGGAAAUCUCUCUUAUAUUGAGCUUUUAGAUUUGUUUUCUAAUAGCUUUAGUGGGAUGAUUCCCCCUCUCGUUUGUUUGCUAACCCGCCUUAAAGUCCUUGAUCUUUCAAGCAAUAACUUGAAUGGAAGCAUACCUUCCUGCCUUGGCAAUCUUGCUUCUUUAACAUACCUUAAACUUAGUUACAACCAACUUAGUGGAAGAAUACCGGCUUCUCUUGGAAGUCUCUCUUUGUUGAGGAAUUUGUAUCUUGAUAACAACCAACUGAGCGGCAUCGUUCCAGAUUCAUUGGGCAAUCUCUCUUUACUCGAGCGGUUGGAUAUUAGCAAUAACCAACUCAGCGGAACCAUUCCCCCUUCAUUUGCUCACCUUUCCUCACUCACUGCCUUGUAUGCUGCUGGCAAUCGUUUCAAUGAAACCGUCUUUUCUUUGUCACUUCCACCUUCUUUACAUACUCUAUACCUGUCAUUACACCAUUACCAGUCGAUUUCAGAAACUUCCUUUCACAACCUUACAAGAUUAAGUGAUUUGUAUUUAUGUGAUUGUGUCCUAAAUAUUAGCACAACUUGGAUUCCACCCUUUGAUUUAUCUUAUCUACAUUUAGUGUCAUGUAUGAUUGACGGUGAAUUUCCACCUUGGAUUUCAACACAAAUUUCACUUGAAUGGUUGGUUAUAACUAAUGCCAGUCUUGUGGGCGUUUUUCCCUCUUGGCUAUGGGAAACCAGUCCUCAGUUAACUUAUCUAAAUCUUUCAGGAAAUCAUUUGGAAGGAAGCCUAUUCUCAAAUACUUCAUCGUGGAUGAAACUAGGACAACUAGAUUUGGCUAGAAAUAAAUUGAGUGGGUGCAUCCCAUCAACGUGGCCUUCUUAUAUGAGUAUACUGCUGCUCAAUGACAAUUUGUUCAGUGGCAAUAUUCAUCCAAACCUGGGCAAGUUAUCUAAUCUCAACAUGUUAAAUCUUGCAAACAACAAGAUAACAGGAGUGAUCCCUGUCAGUUUGUCCAAUUGUUCUUUACUUAUUGUUCUGAAUUUGGGAAAUAAUAGUUUGGAGGGAAGCUUACCACAUGAGUUUAGUAACCUAAGAUUAUUAUCAUUAGUUCUUCGCAAUAAUAAUUUGCAUGGACCAUUCCCUCCAAUAGCAAAUUCUUCAAUGCUACAGGUUCUUGAUAUUGGAAACAAUUUGUUUGAAGGUCAAAUACCAACAUUAAUUGGAAAUAUCUCAGAGCUAAAAGUAUUGAUAAUGAAGGAGAACAAAUUUACAGGUAGCAUUCCUUUAGAGAUAGGUCAAUUAAAGCACCUCCAGAUCUUGCUCCUUUCUUCCAAUCAUAUCUCAGGUUCAAUUCCACACACAAUUGUAUUCCUGCAAGCAAUGGCAAAUGAAAGUCAAAAUGGUUUUGUAUUAACCACUUAUACUAAAGGGCCAUUAUACCAAGAUGGAUUGGAUAUGACUUUAAAAGGUACAGAUCAACAUUACCAAUAUAUUCUUUCCACACUCACAUCCAUAGAUCUCUCAAGUAAUGAAUUGGAGGGAAAAGUUCCUUCUAAUUUUGGGGAUUUGAAGGGGCUAAGGCUUCUAAACCUUUCAAUGAACAACUUGAAUGGGACCAUUCCAAAAAGUUUUGGAGAAAUGCAUCAAUUGGAUUCCUUAGACCUUUCAAGAAAUCAUUUUUCAGGACAAAUCCCUACAGAGCUUGAAUCUCUAAGCUUUUUGGGUUCACUGGAUCUAUCAAACAACAACCUUUCAGGAAGCAUACCACAAGGAAUACAUAUGAUUGGCUUUGGAGAAUCCUCUUAUUCAGGGAAUCCUAAUUUAUGGGGGUGUCCCCUACCUAGAAAUUGUUCUUGGCCACAGUUUGUUCCUUCUCCUCCUCCAAUUUACAUUAAUAAAAUAAAGAAAAGCACUAAAUAUCCAUGGUAUGCGAUAUCAUUGGGAUUGUCCUUUGGAAUGGCUUUUGGGGGGAUAAUAUCAUUGAUCGUGAUAAAAAUCAGUUGGAGAAAUGAAUACUUCAACAAAGUUGAUGCAAUCCUAAAGUUCUUAUUUCCUUGGAUGAAGAAUUUGACAUUGUGAAGAUAUCUACAAGUCAUUGAAAGGAAUCUAUUUUUUCUUAUGAAGGUUUCUAGUGACUCUUAAAAAUGGUAACAACACUUGUGUGUCUUUCAAUUGAGAGAAUGUGUUGUAGACUUGUGGUUUUUUUUUAAUGUUUUGAUGGAUAGGUAGAAUGAGUAUGCUCACAUUAUAUGCAUAGCAUUGUAGUAUCUCAAAAUAACGUACAAAAUGUAAACAAAAUGGUCAGAAAUUUUCAUUUCCAGAUGGAAAUAUACAGAAUGUUGAUGCUUAUAAUUA